AUGGGUAAGGAUGGCGCUGGUUCAAGUGGAACCAAGCGACCGGUUAGUGCGUCUCCGUAUGCCGAAAACUAUCGGGUUCCGAUGGAUAUGUGCCAGAGGCACCUGAUAAACCAUCGCUUGAUGGUAUCCAAGCUGACACGAAAAGAAUUAGAGGAUAAAUAUAUCAACCUAUGUGACGAGCAUUUCACGAUGAAAAAGCGCUUCCAGGAGCAGGAACUACAAGUCAAGAAGUUGAAAGCAAAGUUGCUGCGGCUGUCCAGUGAAACUAGCAAAGAAACCAAAACCCGAUCGGAUAUGCUAAGCAGCCAGAGUAACCUGCAUAUUCUGGAAAUCCAGCGUCGUGAGUUGCAUGAAAAGUUGGAAGCUCUACGAAUGAACGUAAGCAAGGAAAAUCUCGAAAAACCGGGCAAAUCCAGAAAGAAAACCCAACCCACUCGUAGCGCUAAAGACGAAUCCACCACAAGGUCGUCUUCGGUGUCUAACGAAUACGAUAGAACAGACGACGGGAGGGACGAUACUUCGACCGAAGACGAACCAUCUACCAGUAAAAAUAUCGACAGAGUUAAAAAAUUAUGCCAUAGCUGUGAAACAAUGAAGCUCGAGAUGGUAGCCAACGAGUCCGAGUUUGUGAAAAUGAAAAUGAAUAUAAAAUUUUUGAAUAAGGAAAUCCAACACGAAAAGGAGAAAAAUGCAUUGCUCUCGCGUCAGCUAGAAGAAAAGCUGUCCUACGAGAUUAUGCGGCGGAAUGCUGUGGAGAAUAUAGAGGUAAUCAAUCUGACGCGCCAGUUGGAGGAUAUGCAUCAGCAAGUGCAGCGCCAGCAGGAGACGGAAAAGCGUGCAGUGGAAGCAGAACUAGCAAAGCAAACCGAGCUCGAAGCGCAAGUUCGCAAGGAGAAGGACAAAAAUGCCGAACUGUUUGAUGAGUGCGAGCGGCUAAAAAAGAACAUUGAGAAGCUGAAGGAGCAUAUGUCGGAAGUGGAGAUUGAACGAGAUUUCUUAAAGCGGCAGCAAGAAGGUUUGGCUAAGAUUGUGGAUGAAAAUAAAGUUUUACGCUUUCAACUGGAGGAACUUCGCAAGCACAAUGAUGGCCUCACUAGACAAAUUGACAUGCUGAAGGAGGAGGAAUCUGUAGCCAAGAGUGCUCAAAAAGAGCUGCUGGAGAAAUUGAAAUCACUGCAACAAGAUAAUGACACUCUAUCUGUUCUACUGGAAGGUUUGCGCACAGAGAAUGAAGUAUUGUCUGACCAGAAGACGGCCCUAGAAGAGAAUCUUAAAAGUUUAGAAGCUUCACCAGCAAAGGAAAUCAGUGCUUCGCCGCAACGUUCCUCAAUAACGAAAAGAUCACACUCUACUAGUGAAAACGAAUCCGAUGUUCGACGUAAUUCUCAAAAGCAUGUUCGAAUCAGUCAAGUUAUGAACAAAAUUGAGUUGUUGGAGCAGAAUUCAAAAGCUCAAGGUGCGAGAAUCAGCAAUGCCGCUCUGUUGGUUUCCAACAAAAGUGAACAGAUAAAGUCGAAUUUGAAACUUAGUAAUCCUAAAUUGCAGGGAACAUUUGAGAGUUAUGGCAUUCGACAAACACCAAUCAUCCCACUGCAGGAUUCGAUUAUAACCGCGUCAUCAACGUUGUCAGUCGGCAAAAAAAGAAUAUCAUUUCAACCCCGUGAUGUUACUGCCGAUAUAGAUGAAAGUUUGUCGUCUACACAGGACAAUGAUUCAGAUAUUGCUGCUCUAGGAGAAGUGCAACACAAUUAUGCCGAUUAUUUCGGAUUGACACCUGCAAGUCGAAAAAGUGAUCGUCUUUCUCAUUAUUUACUGAAAAAGGAAGAUCCUUCCGCAGAGCGUCUAGUGCUUACCAUCAAAAUGGUUCGUUGGCAAAGGGAAGCUUUUGAAAAUUUACUGUUGCAAAUGGUGCAAUGCUUUUACGUUGAACUCGUUGGAUUUCUAGAUGCGAAAGGAUACAUGUUGGAAACUCCUGUUUCCAGAAAUAUGCUAGCCAAUGAAACUUCAGCAGAUCAACUAGAAUAUCGUUUCGAUCAUCCCAUCGAGAUUAACCUGGACAAGAAAAAGCAUGCCAAUCGGCGCAAAAUGCUACGUGAAAUGUUGCAACCUAACGGAAAAGACGUUUUGAAGUUCAUACUGGUACAGGAGCAGGAAAGCGACUGUUCAGAAAUUGGUUAUGCAACUAUUAGACUAAGAAAUGAGAUACAAGGAUUGUCGACAGAAGAUUCCAAAAUCAUAGACACUGCGAUAUACAGCAUGAGAGAUCCAGCCGAAGAAAUGGGAAAGUUGCUCGUGGAACUGAAAGGGAUACAAUUGAUAAAUUCAUUAAACUGA